AGAUAGAUAGAUAGAUAGAUAGAUAGAUAGAUAGAUAAUAGGCUUAGAUGGAAAUAGAUGACACGCUGCGGCGACCCCAAAACGGGACAGGCCGAAAAGAAAAGAAGAAGAAGAAAUAUCGAAAUACAAAAAAAGCAAAUUCAAGAUAUAUCUGAACUUCAAAAACGAGCAGAACAAUUGAAUUAAAAGGCAAUAAUUUCACCAGCAGGAACCUUUUUUGACCUUUCAAAUUUGUGUAUUGCAGUAGUGAGCAGUACUUAGUACCGAGUCCCACAACACAAGACGCCUCCACUUUUCCCGACGACAGGAUAAAAAGAUGCUUUUAUAGGAUGGGGGGUGAGGGGGGGGGGGGACGAAUGAAUGGAGGAGGAGGAGGAAGGAGGAGCGCAAACAUGAACCGGCUGACAUUUCUCGUCACUCUCUCGUCGGCUCGACUGGUUUGGAGCCGCCACAACAUCAACAACAAGAAGCCUUCAAUGAAAACGCACACACAAUCCCAGUCCGGGCAUGGAGUGCAUCAAAAACUGCUGCAAGAGGCUCGCUGAAAAGCGAUGGAAGGCGCCCGAGGAGACGCAAGGCGUUGCCGUACAGAUCCCCGUCGGCGGCGCAGGAGCCCCCAACAGGUGGGGGGUCGACGAAGACUACCUCCUGUCCCGGAUGCCCGCCGACGGCAAGGAAGUCCCGUUUGUCCUGCCCACCUUGAAGGCGUCGUACGUGCAGCCGGGGGCGUCCACGUACGUCGACCCCCAGUACGGCAUGCCCGGUCCGGCCCGCUGGGUGUACGCUCAGAGGAAGGCCGAGCUGCGGGCCCCCGCCGCCGGUCCCCAGGGGGCCUCGUCGAGCCAGAGCCCCCGAGACGCCGGGAGAAAUAAAAACUGCUCAGGUGGCGGUGAGCGACUGAGUCGGUCCAUGUUCGAGCUCGACAGCUCUUACGGUGCUUCCCUGAAGAGUUUCGAUUCCACAUCCAGCGUCCUCAGCACUCCGGCCUCCGUCACUGACUCAAUUAAAAGCAGCACAGAAUCUUUCCCACAGUCGGGCGACGACCUCGGGAGAUUGUGCGUCCGACUGAGCUACCGGGAGGAGCUGGAGCAGGUGUGGAUCACCCUGGUCCAGUGUUCAGAACUCAACCUGCCGGUGAACCCGGCGCAAAAGCCGAAGAUCCGGAUCAAAGGUGUCAUCACGCUGCCCAAACCGGUCCACUUCAAGACCUCCGUCCAGGAAUACUCUCAGGACGCGACCUUCAUGGAGACCUUCGUGUUCGCGCUGAGCCUGCAGAGCCUCCGACGCGGCGCCCUGCGGCUGAGCCUGCAGACGCGCGGCGCCAGGAAGCGCACGGCGGCCCAGUGCGUCCUGUCGCUGCGGCAGCUCGGCCCGCGGGAGACGGAGCGCUGGCUGCGACUCGGCUCCCCGGGAAAGUCCUCCGCAGGAGGAUGCGAGCUGCACCUGGCGACCUGCUUCCAGCCCGUCUCCAGGCGCCUGCAAGUCCGAGUCCUCGCCGCCCAAAACCUGCCGGCCGGCUCCUCGCCCCUCCCGCCGGCGUACGCCGCCCACGUGGAGAUGCGCGCCCCCGAGCGGCCGCCGGACAAGAGGAAGACGCGAGCGCUGAAGGCCCACGCGGGCCGGUGCCAGUGGGACGCCACCUUCUACUUGGAACUGGACGCGCUGCACCCGGCGGCCUGCGCGCUAGCGGUCAAACUCUUCAGCUGCGGCUCGGUCAAUAGGAAGCAGUGUGUCGGACAGGUCCAGCUAGGAUCGGACGCGCCCACGCAGGAAGCCGCCGAGCAGUGGAAGGAAACCGUGGAAUAUCCUGAGAAAGUUGUGGCGGCGUGGCACGCCGUGACAUAAAAAGUCGACUUUUUUUUUGUUUGUUCUGCACACGUGAAACGCGCAACGGGGGCAGCCGCGGGCACGUCGUCGUCGCGUCGACGGACGAUGCCGAGAAGUCGCGCGCGUUCUCCGCGUCGGCGUACUUCGCACGUGCUCAUUAACGUACUGUAUGAGAGGCAACUCCGCGACGAGCGGGCUGCUUUUUUAACACCUUCCAGUCUCUGGUCGGUCUAAUACACAUACUCAAAGGUUCUAGUCUAGUACUAAUAGCUGGUAGAAGGAAUUUAUUUAUUGAACAUGUUCAAGUUAUUGUUUGGUUUAAUUGACUUAUUAACUGUCAUUAGUCAUCGUAAUGACUUACUGACUGGUUCAAGGCGUUAGUCAAUCUGCUACACCCAAGUUAUUGGUCAGUCUAAUACUCAAUAACACAUUGAUGUUAUUGGUCUGUCUAAUGAACGUAUUGACAGUUUGGAGUUAUUGGUCAUUCUUAUGACUUACUGACUGGUUCAAGGCAUUGGUCCAUCUACUACACCCUGAGGUUUUGGUCAGUCUAAUACUCACAGGUUGAUGUUAUUGGUCUGUCUAAUGAACUUAUUGACAGUUAUCGGUCAUUCUCAUCAUUUACUGACUGGUUCAAGGCUUUGGUCCAUCUGAUACACUCGAGUUAUUGGUCAGUCUAAUACUCACUAAUGUGUUGAUGUUAUUAUUUGUCAUAAGAACUAAUUGACAGUUUGGAGUAAUUGGUCUUUCGAAUGACUUACUGACUGGUUCAAGGCAUUGGUCUACCUGGUACUCUUGAGUUAAUGGUCAGUCUAAUACUCAAUAACAGGUUGAUGUAUUGGUCUGUCUAAUGAACCUAUUGACAAUUUGGAGUUAUUGGUCAUUCCAAUGACAGACUGAUUGGUUCAAGUCAUUGGUCAGUCUAAAAUUAACUAACACGUUCAUGAUAUUGGUCAGUCUAAUUCACUUAUUAGAACUAAUACUCACUAACAGGUUGAUGUUAUUGGUCUGUCUAAUUAACUUAUGGACAGUUUGGAUUUAUUGGUCAUUGAAAUGACAGAGUGAUUAGUUCAAGGCAUUGAUCCAUCUGCUGUACUUGAGUUAUUGGUCAGUCUAAAACUCACUAACAAGUUCAUGUUAUCGGUCAGUCUAAUUCACUUAUUAGAAGUUUGGAGUUAUUGGUCAUUCUUAUGACUUACUGACUGGUUCAAGGCAUUGGUCUAUCUGCUCCCCUUGAGUUAAUGGUCAGUCUAAUACUCAAUAACAAGUUGAUGUUAUUGGUCUGUCUAAUGAACUUAUUGACAGUUUGGAGUUAUUUGUCAUUCUCAUGACAUAAGGAUUGGUUCAAGGCAUUGGUGCAUGUGCUACACUUGAGUUAUUGGUCUGUCUAAAACUCAGUAACAACUUCAUGGUAUCGAUCAGUCUAAUUCACUUAUUAGAAGUUUGGAGUCAUGGGUCGUUCUAAUGACUUACUGACUGGUUCAAGGCACUGGUUCAUCUGCUACACCCGAGUUAUUGGUCAGUCUCACAGGGUCAUAUUACUGGUCAUUCUAAUAACUUACUUAUCAGAUGACCCAAAUAGUGAGUUAAAUAUUAACACCUUGAGUUAUUGGUCGUUCUAUUAGACUUAUGAGGUAGAUUUUGAAACAUUUCAUUCCCUUGUCGCUUGAAUAUUGUGUGUAGUACUUUUCGUUUGUAACUUAUUGAUCGUUGUCAUUUGUGUAACAUGCAAACCUUAGCUGACAUAAGCACUUUUAAAUCUUUUUUUUUUUAUAUUUAAUGUUUGUAUUAGUUUUGUGCAACUAAGCAUAGGCGUCAUCGUGUGUGUUUGAGCCACUGGCGAGGAUGCGGGCACGCCUUUGGUGAGACUUUGACGGGAAGGGUUAGUCACAUGUAAGGCGGCCAUAAAGGGACCAGGACACGUCAUUGUCAUAAAAGAGGUCAACAAUGGCAAAUCGAGAAAUCGGCGGCGGGAGAGGGGGAAAAACAGUCCCCAUCUCUUUUCUCUGUUGGCCCAUUUUUAUUUUUUAUUUUUAUUUUUUGCUGUAUUAAAUUUUGUCAAAGCGCCAAUUUCAGUUCCAAAUGAGAUUUUGGGGAAUGGCCGCCAAUCAUUGCACAAGAACGGCGGCGCUGCGGAGGACUGACGCAACACAAAAUGGCGGCGGGCGCUUUUGCAAGCGUAAAACCGGGAUUGGCACCAGCGACCCUCGCGUUCGUCUACACUUGAUAAUUGCUCCCAUCUUCGCUUGCUUUUGUCUCAAUGUGAGCCAAUAAAGAACUGAU